AGUUAUCCAAGCUGGCGGCCAUCUCUGCCUCUUGAGGGAGCAAGUUCCACAGUUCGGCUAUGUGGCGGGCCUACGGUUCCCCAUCCCUGGCGCUGAUGUGAUCGAUGCGCCGGCAGUUGUGGCAACAGAACAGUUGCCCUUCCAUUGUUUUGCCACAGAGGUUCUCUGGCCUGCUGUCGCUUCCACGCGCGCUGGUCUGCGCACAGCCACAUGGGACUGGAGGGAAACACGCAGCCAUGUCGCUACAGAACGAAGAAGUCCCGGAGGCCCACGUGUGCAAGUCCCAGCAAGAAUCGAUCCAGUCUGCAGAGGUGCUGAGCGUCCUGCUGGCGUCGAGAGGCGUGCGGGCCCGCUCCAUCCACGAACAGCUUGACGGCUUGUCUCUGUCCACCAUCUACUGCCUGCUGGCUGCUCUGAUGCAGUGCUUGAGCCUGGCCAGCCUCUGCGUGGCCGUUUCCCUGCUCAAGUGGGUGGCCGUGGUUCAAUAUCCGUACACCAGGCAGCCGAAGCGGUGGGUGACGUACAAUUUCGGGGUGCCCGACGUGAUGGAAGUGUACGAGACACAGCAACCCAACGGCACAGAAAUUCCGGAUGUUCAUUUCUUUCCCAACACUGCUUUCGUGCCGUGGUUUAUCAGCAUAUGUUUCGUGGGCAUGUUCUUGGGCUUUGCAGCUUUUCUCCUGGAUUUCAUGGAAAUUGAGAUCCUAGGCAAGCAUAAAACAGCCGUUGCUACUUCCCUGCACGUUUUGUCAGGCAUCUUCCUUGUAAUCCUCAUUGGAAUCUGUUGCUGGUGUUUUGUGACGGUUAACGAACGGAUCUACAGGGAUGAUCUGAUGAACGCCGAGUUGCUCAGUUUCCUAGGAGAGAGUUUUUAUAUCACCCUGCUGUCCCUUGCCUUCGCGAGCUUAGCUAGCACGCUAAGCUUUCUGGCAAUGAAGCUCAGCAGACAAGAAUAGCAUCAGCGCAGCCGAAAACGCCAGAGAGAAGCCCACAACCUGCUGCACAGUCUAAACACCCUGCCAAUGGUCUGGUUUGGAUGCAGCACUCCCUGGUUCGGAAACCAUGGUUUGUGAAGCCUGAAACGAAGGUGAAAACUAUGAAUUCACCCCUACCCUCAUGUGGAAAGUCCUGGUUUGUUUAAGUUCCAAAAGGGGAACUCUGCUUUGCUGUUAGUGUCCCAGCUAGGAUAUUAAGCGAUGAUUGUCAAAUAGAGUUGUGUGUAGUGGGGAAUUCUGGUUUAAAGAAAACCUGCCAGAGCAGGAGGGGAGGAGCAAUAGAUGCCCAGCUCUUGUUCCUAGCUGCUGUUUAUGAAGGUGAGAAGAUUGCAUCCAAAUCUGCCCAUCAUUGUGACCACCAACCAAAUCACACUGCUUUUCAAUAAAGGUUGGCAAAUAAACCUAGGCAAGAAACAA